CAGUCUCCACAACAAUACUCUCUGUUCGAUGCCCAAAAUAUGAUCAGGCGAUUCCAAUUUCAAACCCCUAUCAAAACCCUCCCCUCUCUCCACCACCGCCUCACCACCACCACCGCCGCCGCCGUCUCACCUCCACCCACCACUACUCCCACUCCUCCACCACCAGUCAACCCAUCACACCUCCUCCGCGUCUCCACCAUCCUCUACCAACAACAACACUCACCCGAAUCAAGACUCCAAACCUCCCUCUCCCACUGCAAUUUCCACCUCACCCAUGAAUUCUUCCUCCAAAUCUGCAACAAAUUCCCAUAUUCCUGGAAACCCAUUUACAAAUUUCACAUCUUUUCCCAAACCCAACACUUCAAUCACAAUCCAACCACCCUAAACAAGAUGCUUGACAUCAUCGGAAAAUCAAAAAACAUAGACCUUUUAUGGGACUUUGUUCAAGAAACCGGUAAUCGUACUUUGGUUACAGAUAAAACAUACAUAAUAGUGGUUAAAACUUUAGCUUCUGCCAGGGAACUGAAGAAAUGUGUUGACUUUUUUCAUGUUAUGAAUGGGUUUGGAUAUGGGUAUGAUUUGGGGACUUUGAAUAAGGUUGUUGAGAGUUUAUGUGGGUGUAAACUUGUUGAAGAAGCUAAGUACAUUGUUCAGAAGUUGAAAGGGGUUGUUAAGCCAGAUGGGUUUACUUACAAGUGUUUGAUUUGUGGGUUUUGUGAUGUCGGUGAUUUGGUUGAAGGUUCAAAGAUGUGGAAUUUGAUGGUGGAUGAGGGGUUUGUGGUGGGGAUUGAUGUUGUUGAGAAGAUGAUGGAUACCCUUUUUAAGACGAAUCGGUUUGAUGAAGCGAUGCGGCUUUUUCAGUCGGUUAGGGUUGAUCGGGUUGAUGAGUUGGGGCUUUCGAGUUAUCGGCUUGUGAUUAAGUGGAUGUGUAAGAAGGACAAGCUUAGUCAAGCACGCGUGGUGUUCGAUGAAAUGCGUGAGAGAGGGAUAGAACCGGAUUGUAUGACAUUGGGUUCGUUGAUAUAUGGGUUUUUGAGUAAAGCUAGGGUUCGUGAAGCGUAUGAGAUCGCGGAAGCGAUCGAUAACCCUGACAUAAGCGUUUAUCAUGGGUUGAUCAAGGGGCUUUUGAGGUUGAAAAAGGCGAAUGAAGCGACAAAUGUUUUUAGGGAGAUGAUAAGGAGAGGGUGUGAGCCUACAAUGCACACAUAUGUAAUGCUGUUGCAAGGGCAUUUAGGGAAGAGAGGGAGAAAAGGAGACGACCCGUUAAUCAAUUUUGACACUAUAUUUGUGGGCGGGUUGGUUAAGGCCGGGAAGUCGUUAGAAGCAACCAAGUAUAUCGAGAGAGUGAUGAAUCGAGGACUCGAGGUGCCUCGGUUCGACUACAAUAGAUUCUUGCACUACUAUUCCAAUGAAGAAGGUGUUGUCAUGUUUGAUGUUAUGUCAAAGAAAUUGAGAGAAGUUGGUUUGUUUGAUUUAGGAGACAUAUUUGAAAGAUAUGGUCAGAAAAUGGCUACUAGAGACAAAAGGAGAGAUAGGUGAAUUGCAACAUUAUUCAACACUUGUAUAGUUGUAUUUAGGGAUUACAUAUUGAACAUGAAAUGAGAGUAAAUCUUGUAGUAACACAUAUUAAGCAAACUUUG